AUGCCGUUUAGUGCUUUACUAUCGUCUCGUUCGAAGACGGAUUAUGUCAAGCAUUUGAAAGAAUGUUUAACAAUUAUCGAAAUUGAACACGAUAAGGAGAAGAAGAUUUAUGAAGAGGCAAUUAAGAACAUUCAUAAAGCAUUACUUGCCUUGAAAGAUGGAUUAUUCGGUCCACGCGAUGGUAGUAGUGAGCCAGCAAUAAGUGAUGUGUCGCAAUUGUGCAGCGGAAUCUAUUCACAGGAACUUUUAUUAGCGAUGAUUAAUAACUUAAGUCGAGUGACAUUCGAAGAUCGAAAAGAAAUCGUCGCUAUUGUCAACAAUCUUCUCCGCCGACAGGUCGGAACGAAAUAUCCAGCUGUUGAUCAUAUUAUUCAAAGACCUGUCAUCUUGUUCAAAUUGAUUGAAGGAUAUGAGAAUGCUGAUAUAGCAUUAAAUUGCGGUAUGAUGCUUCGAGAAUGUAUACGUGUUCAAGAAUUAGCAGAAAUUAUCUUGAAAUCAGAUGAGUUUUAUAAGUUUUUUGAUUACGUGCAAAAAUCGACCUUUGAUAUUGCAAGUGAUGCAUUUGCGACUUUCAAAGAUUUAUUAACCAAACAUAAGUCUCUAUGUGCAGAGUUUCUUGAACUAAAUUACGAUCCAUUCUUCAGUAAAUAUCGUGACCUAUUGAAUUCGGAAAACUAUGUAACGCGUCGACAAUCAUUGAAACUUCUCGGUGAACUCCUACUUGAUCGAUACAAUUUUUCAGUUAUGACUAAAUAUAUAACCAAUCCAGAUAAUUUAAAACAACAGAUGAAUUUACUGAAGGAAAAGAGUAAAAAUAUUCAAUUCGAAGCAUUUCAUGUGUUCAAGAUAUUCGUGGCGAAUCCAUCGAAACCUAAAGCAAUUUCUGAUAUACUUCUACGCAAUCGAGAUAAAUUGAUUGAAUUCCUUACUACUUUUCAUACGGAUCGUACUGACGAUGAACAGUUCAAUGAUGAAAAAGCAUAUUUAAUCAAACAGAUCAGUGAAUUGAAGGAAAUCAAGGCAUAA